AUGCCCCGCCCCCACGUUACUAAUUUUUCAGUCGAAUUCAAAUUUCAUCCAAACAAGAAGGCCACCAUUAUCAAGGCGCCAUUUUCCGGUGGCCAGCCUAAAGGAGGCGUGGAGUUGGGCCCAGACUACAUCAUGAACGCCGGGUUCGAGAAGCAGAUCCAGGAAUUGGGCUGGGAGACCGCAAUCGUCGAGCCCUUACACGGCACCAAGUUCGAGCAGUUGAAGACUGACGAGAAGGAUGACUACGGAGUCAAGAACACCACCAUUGUCAACGAUUGCAACAAGAGAAUUUUUGACGCCAGUGUUAAGGCUCACAAAGACGGCACGUUACCUGUGACGAUUGGGGGAGACCACUCUAUCGGAACUGCCACCGUUGCUGCAGCAUUGGAGAACAACCCAGACACUUGUGUUUUGUGGAUCGAUGCACAUGCUGACAUCAACUCGCCCAAGACCUCCGAUUCGGGCAAUUUGCAUGGUUGUCCCGUGUCAUUCAUCAUGGGCAUCGACAAGGACUCAUACCCUCCAGAAUUCUCUUGGGUUCCAGCCAAGUUGAAGCCUGGAAAGAUCGCCUACAUUGGCUUGAGAGAUGUGGAUACCGAGGAGAAGAGGAUUUUAAGAGAAUACAACAUUCCUGCUUUCUCUAUGUACCAUGUGGACAAGUACGGAAUUGGCAAGGUUGUGGAGAUGGCGUUGGAUAAGAUCAAUCCAGACAGAAAGUUCCCAAUUCACUUGUCAUACGACAUUGACGCCAUUGAUCCAUCGUUUGUUCCUGCUACUGGAACCAGAGUUGAGGGAGGUUUGACCUUGAGAGAGGGAUUGUUUGUUGCUGAGGACGUUGCCCAGACGGGGCUCUUGUCGUCGUUAGAUGUCGUGGAGACAAACCCCUUAUUGGCAGACCAUGAGGAUCAUGUGUUGGAUACUGUCAGCGCUGCUUGUGCCAUUGGUAGAUGUGCAUUGGGUGAGACAUUGUUGUAA